CAACAAUGAAAAAGCUGCAUGAAGCUUCUUCCUUCAGCACAAGAAAUAAAAAAUUUAUAGAAAUUGAGGAAGAAACCAAUAAAGAUCCAGACAAACACGAAGUUGAUUGGUUCAGACUCGAAAACAGAGUCAGGGAAAUGCUCAGCGGACAGCUCCAGCCAGUCGUCCAGGCCAUUGAGAUCAACUCAAUGUCUAGCUUAAAGAACAAAACUGACAUUACCAUACUUGCCUCAAGAGUCACUGAUUUAGAAUAUAAGCAUGAAAUCAAUUCUACUAAAAUCCAGUGUUGUGAGGACUCUAUUAAAGAAAUAACGAGCUUUAAGGGUGAUAUGAAAAUCCUUCGGGAUAAAGUCAAGAAAGACAUCAGUGGGGUUCACAAUUCUCUGGAGGACACCAAAGCUAGGCUCACCAACAUUAAGGAAGAAAAUGAAGCUUUGCAGGCCAACUUCAUCGAAUUUAAAGAUCAAUUAGAGCAGCAUACAGAAACAAUGUUGAACCAAAAGUCUGAAAUUUAUAAAUAAAUUCAUGGAGAAAGAGUCCAAGAACUAUGAAGAGUUCCAGACUUUCAAAGCUAAAUUUAAGGAAUAUGAUUCAGACAAGAAAUACUCUGAAAAAUUGAUCAGAGACAACAUGAAAGAAAUAGACAGAAUCUCUGCGAGAUUAUUACACUAUGAUAAAGGAAAUAAAGAUCGUGAUGAUAAUAUUUCCCAACUUUUUAACGAAAAGAUGAACACUGAUGAGUUCAAAACUUCUAUGAGGUACCUCAAAGAUGACCUAAAUAAUGCUAUGAUCUCUAAUGAAAGAGUCCUAGCUACAUUUUCUGAUGUCAAGAAGUACCUUAAUUGUGACUAUCCGCUCAGGAUGUUCGACCAGACAGUGAAAGCACUCGAUUUCAUCCUUUGACAUAAGGAAGAAAGAGCAAGACUGUUUGAGUAUUUUGAACCGACAAAGAGAGAGCUUAUGGAAAAUAUCCAAACUAUUGUUGACUUCAAAUCUGCUUUGAAAGAUUUCAAAUUUGAGUAUAAAAGUGAAUCCAUGAGACCUUUAGUGGUAGUAGAUUGGGUUGUCAAAGAGAAGAUCAAGUUCCGAAAACCCAGGAAAGACUCUUCUAGCUCAAGGUUCUCUAGAAGAAAACCUCACAGAAGAGUCUCUAAAGGCACAAAGUCCUCAUACAGAAGAAAAUAUGGAAGUUCUCUUACUUCAAAGAACAAAAUUUCUCCAAGAAAAGGCUACGGUGCUAGCCAGAGCAAGGAUAUAGCCUCAUCUAAAACCCCGAAAUCAAAAACAUCCAAAAGUUCGAUAAGAAGGCUGAGACCAAGAAGAGUCAAAAGAAAGACUCGAGAAUCCCCAAAUCUUCGAACCUCUGACUCUAAACUAAAAAGAGGCAACAACAUUGAUACCGCCCAAGAAGACCAUCUUAUCAGAAAAGUGAGUGGAUUCUCAAAUACAAAAGAUCAAAUAGACAUGAAAUCUGAUUCUAUCUCGGUAGAGAAGCAGAUGACACCUCUAGCCAGGGAGUCGAACAAGAAAGAAUUCAUUAAACCUUUAGAACUCCUCCAACAGAACAGCUUGUUCAGAAAUGAAGAAAUCAAGAAUAAUACUGUAAUCCACAGAACUCAGAUCAGAAAUCCUGAGAAUAACAGUGACUCCAAUGGAGGCAAUAACUUCCCCUUUAAGGAAGGUGAAAGCAACUCUGAUGGAGAUCCCCAAGAGAAUUCAGAAGAUGACUUUUCACGAGCUGAGAGACUUCAAGAGGGCAACAACUUGAACCCUUCCUCAGAACUCGAGAGAAUCUCAGAUCAUCUUGAGGAAGAACAGACCCUGGAUUACUCCGAAGGAGGCGAAUCAGAGCUAGACUGGGAGAUAAGACACGGCAGGAUUAAAGAAAUGGUCACUGAGUUGAUCUCUGAGUCUGAAAAAGCUGUUAGAAGCUUCCUUGAUUCUAAAGUAACCAGAGAAAUCAAUAAACAAAGAAAUGUCUACGAUCCGAUGUUUGAUGACCUGUCAGUCAGGAUCAACUCCUUAUCUGACGAAAUGAAGAUCUUCUGUUCAGGUAGCAUUGAUGAAAUGGCAACCACCAUUGAGAAGAAAUUGGAGAAAAAUAUGGAAGAUCAAUAUCAGAAGCAACAAUCGAUUCUGGACUAUAUCAACCAGCAAAAGAUCAAGAGAAAGAGAGAUAAAUCAGACAUUUUUGAAGAGAUGAACAAAGUUAGAAUUGGGAAUAGGGAUAAUUAUGCUAAUAUCAAGAGACAGACAACUGAGAUCCAUAACCUUGCUCAAAUCAUGAGAGCUCUUAUUGAAGCUGAAAAGAUAAACCAAUCCCUUCAAAUUCAAGAUGAACAAGAUAGACAUUCAAUUGCUUUAUGGGGGUUAAGUCAAACUCAGAAGCAUAAGAAGUCAAAGGCUACUAAGCUCGAGGAAGAUGACUCUCCUAACGACAUUAAUUUCUCUACAUUAACUAAUAAUCCUCCUAUUGUUGAUGCUAAAAAUGACUUCAAGAGUAGCCUAGUGAGGAAGAAUCCAAAUAUGACAUUCCUAAACUCAGACUUAAAGUUGAGCCCAAGAGAUAACUCUUUUCGUAAAACUCCUGACAGAAAGUACAAGAAAGUUGCAAAUAAGAGUCAAAUAGAAAAUUCUCCAUUUGACACAUCACCCAGCAUACAGACUCCAAGUUACCAGAUUCCUGGAAGAACGAGGUCUUCACUCCAGACAAAAAUCACAAGAAAAUCCCAAAGUGUGCAUAGGAGAUCUGUAAACCCCUAUCAUUACAAGAGGUCCUUACCCAAGAUCCUUCAAACAAAGGGCUCAAAUAAUGCAGAUGGGAUUUUAAAGAUAGACCAAAGAUGCUACUCGUGCUGUAAUCAGAAUGCAGUGGUUCUCAAUGCCUUCAAGGUAGCCUGACUCGGCUAUUUCCCCACAAAUGUGCAAUAUGGACCUGAAGUUUACUCAAGAUAUACACUUUUAAUUCACCGUUCAAAUAUUGUAAACUCCCAAUGGAAAAUAGUAAAGGACUUGCUGCCUUUCGGUAAAGAACAAAAAUGUGGAGAAAAGUACAUCCCUGAUUCAAGAAUCAAGGUAGAGAAUCUAUAUGAUCCUCUUGAAGAAAGAAAUGAUAUUAUGCCCUCUUCUUUUGAUAUUCAACCCCUUAACUCAACUUUCCACGAACAAGUUUCUAAAAAGAACGAUUUUAUGGCUGCUUUAAACAAUGGCACAGCUACUUUCCCAUCAGAUUUCAACACCGAGUCAAUAUCUAAAAACUGGACUCAGGAGAGACCUUUAGACCAUCUUGUCACAAAAUCAAUCUCUAUCAAGGGUCUUGCGCAGAAGACAGUGUCGAUCCCGGAGACGACACCCUCAGUGAAGGACUUUCAGUCCAAGCGUGACUUCAUCAAUUCUAUUUUUGACUCAAAGAAAUCGCUGACUCAUACAGGAAGGUCAUCGGUUAACGCCAAGAAGGACCCAAGUACAAAGAAAUAG